ACUUCUUAUCCUAAUUUUAAUAUACAACCGGUCAUGAAAAUUAUUAAAGCCUAUUCAACAUUUAACUUAUCCCUUAUACUCUUUGUGACAUUAUUGGUAACCAUUUUUCCGUCUUCAAAGGCAAAGAAAACUACUAGAUUCAAAUGUGGUGACGUAACUAAAGCAAUAAAUGCGGAAAAACUUAUUGAUUACGACGCCUUAAAAACAUGUUUUAAAAGCAUUCCUUUUAAUGCUACAAAUGCUGCCCAAAUAAUUGAUUCUGCGUCACACAUCUUGUCGAGUUAUUAUGUUUUCCUUGACCAAGCAAAUAAAAAUCCACCUAAUGGAUUUACUUAUCAACCUAUAAAUAUAAUAGGUGAAUUAAAAUCAUUGCGUAAAAAAAAAUUCAAACCUGAUUAUGACUUUAAGACAGCUUUAAGAACUCUUAUUUUCAAAUUAAAAGAUGGUCAUACGAGAUUUGAAAGUCUAUGUUAUCAGAAUUUUAAUUAUGAACAAAACUUAAGUUUAUAUUCUGUGAUUACUACUGAUAAAAAGAAAAGACAGAAACAGGUCUUUAAGGAUUCAGUAAAUCCAUCGAAUAAUGAUUGCGAAGUUACUGAAAUUGAAGGAAAACCGGCAUUGCAACUGAUAAUUGAGUUUGCAAAUAAUUCAAUUGCACAAUCAAAAGAUCUGGGUGUCCGAUUCAACAUGGCUUUGGCUCCCAGUAACGGACUAUUUGCUUCACAAUUUACUUCACGAAUUGACCUGCCUGAAAAUUCUAUUAUCACAUAUAAAUUAUUAUGCCCUCAAAAAAAACCUUUUCUAUUAAAGAGAAAAUGGAGCAUUACAUUUGACGGUGGAGUUGAGUUUUUCGACAACGUUUGCCUAAAUUUAAAUUCUGAAGCUACUUUGCCAAAUAAUAAUGUUGCAUCGUCAAGAAAUAAAGAUGAAAUGUCAACUUCAAGUGACAAAGUUACAAAAUUAAUUUCAAGAAAAGUGUCGAAAUUAAAUAACAAGCAGAAAAUUGCGCAUGCAAAAUUAAUAUAUGAAGGUUAUGAUGCCGCUUUUUAUACACUGGAUGAUGAAAAUGUUGGUGUCGCAGUAAUUACUGGAGAAAAGGAAAAUGAUGAAUCUUCUCUGCAAGAAGGUUUCGAAAAAUUACGAAAAGUAAAGAAGCUUAUUUUAGAUUUUUCCAAUAAUGACGGUGGUGAUAUUACUGUACCCUUAAUAAAAAAGAAUUUUAAGAAGCGAAAUCCUGAAUCCGAUAGUUUAUAUGAUCCAAAUCUCUAUUUAGUGUUUCCUUCAGGCGAUCGAUUUAGUUCUCCUGAUCAGUUUAUAGGCUCCCGAAAAACUCAUACUUCUAACCUGUAUCUUAACGCUCUAACAUCUGAUGAAUUGAAAAGGAUCAAAGAUACCCCCCGUUUUCCAUGGAAAAGUGACGAUAUCAUUAUCCUAACUAAUGGGUAUUGUGCAUCUGCAUGUGCAUUAAUAACCUUGUUUUUUUCUGAAAUCCAUAAAGUUGAAACAAUUGCUGUUGGUGGUCUUCUUGACAAUAAAUUAAGUUUUUCCACUUUUCCUGGUGGUCAACUUACAUCAAGUAACAUAAUUAUAAAUGAUGCUGGUGAUCAUGCUGCUGAUGUUUCGUUUCCAAAUUUACUUCUUCUUGCUGUAAGAAAGUCUGUUAGUUUUUUCAAAAAUAAUACCGAAAAAGAAGUAUUAGAGUAUUCAUAUAGACCUGCUGAUCAUAGAUUUUAUUAUAAUGAAGCCAAUGCUAAAGAUCCUAGUAUAUUAUGGGCCGAGGCUGCUAAAAUUUUAAGCAAAAAAUCUUAG